AUGCCGAAUCAAUACAAGCCAAUCCCACCUAUCGAUGAAAUUCAAGAAUAUAUCACCUACUUUUAUCGGUGUCGUCUGAAUGACAAAGAGAUCGCAAAGGAGAUGAAGGAUCACUACGACCAGGAUAAGUAUGGUCUCAGUGUCGCCUCUGUGAAGCGUGUCCGAAAAUCUUUGGGGCUGCUGAGUACGAGGCAGCAAAAGCAUAGUUUGGAUUCCAUCAAUAGGCAAAUCGAAGAGAUUCGUGCACGCUUCCCUACACGUGGGAUUGAGAACAUUCGAAAGUCGUUGCACACUGACUACGGCAUGUUUGUACCAAGGCCCCUGAUUGCCAAAUUUCUCAAACAGACUGAGCCUGAGGCUGUUGAGCAACGCAAGGCUCGUCGGCUUGUUCGUAAGUGUUAUUGGGCAGCUGGCGUGAACGACACCUGGUCUCAGGAUCAACAUGACAAAUGGGGGCGUUUUGGUCUAUGGCUGCAUGCUUGUGUUGAUGUAUUCAGUGGCUACAUAAUUUGGAUCAAGAUCUGGUGGAAUAACCGGAACCCAAGGGUUGUAUGCAGCUGGUACAUUGAUGCUGUUCGCAAGCUUGGUGCCAUUCCGCUGGUGACCCAGAGUGAUCCUGGCACCGAGAACUACGGUGUUGCUAAUGCACAGACCGUCAUGCGCCACUCAAUGGAUCCUUCGCUUGCGGAUACAAUGCAGCAUCGAUGGAUGCAUAAAAAACAAAACAUCAAAGCUGAGAUCGUGUGGUCAUUGCUUCGACACGAUUGGACCCCAGGAUUUGAGAACACCCUAGACAAGGGAGUGAAUCAAGGCUGGUACAAGGCUACUGAUCCAUUGGAGAGCUUACUGUUUCGCUGGCUCGCUAUCCCAUGGCUUCAAGCUGAGCUUGAUUCUUGGAUAGUCAUGCGCAACUUCAAUGCACCUCGUGCGGAUAAGAACAAGGUGCUACCACAUGGGGUACCGGAGAUGGUCUACUCGAAACCAGAGUCCUUUGGUGCGCUUGACUUCAAGAUACCUGUAAGCCCUGAUUUAGUCGACCGAGCUGAGCAGGAUCAUGCUCCUCCUGGGCAUGAAGUACAUGAGCUGGUUCCGCCGAUAUUUGCCGCCCGUGCGCACGAGCUUUACACAAAGCUAGGUAAUCCUCCAGUCACCUCCGCAUCGUUCUGGGAUGUAUACAAGACCAUGCUCUGGGAAUUUUGCAACACACCUACCCCCCUGUCCCAUCCAAUUGCCUCUGUCCUUACCGCAUUCGACGCUUCAAAGCAUGUCGCUCCUCCCGAUCCAGAGAACCCUCUGCCAGAGAACAUUGUGCCAUUGUUGCCUGGACUAAAGGAACUUCGAGCGGGAGACGACAUGGUGGGAGAGCUGCCAGAGGGCUUUCUGUAUAUUGGAGGCCUCUCAAAGCCAAUCAUCCCUCCUAGUAUCGCAGAGGCGGCAGCAAAAUUAACUACAGCGCAGAAGGGCAAAACUAAGGGGUCAAAACAGGGGUCAAACAGUUGA